CUGGGCUGCCUUUGAACAGUCCAACUCCCGAGGGGAGAUGUUUGUCCUGGAGAAGGGCAAGUGUCCGCGCUGGGACACCUGGCCCAGCAGCUACCGGCUCAUGUCCUUCCCACCCAUCAGGAUGGACUCCCAAGAGCACAAGAUCUACCUGUUUGAAGAAGCCAACUUCAAGGGCAGCACCAUGGAGAUCCAAGAGGACGACAUCCCCAGUCUCUGGGCCUAUGGCUUCUGUGAUCGUGUGGGCAGUGUGAGGGUCUUCAGUGGAAUCUGGGUAGGUUAUCAGUAUCCCGGCUACCGCGGGUACCGGUACCUCCUGGAGCCUGGUGACCUCCCGCACUGGACCGAGUGGGGAGCCUUCCAGCCCCAGGUGCAGGCCGUGUGCCGUCUGCGUGACAGGCAGUGGCGUCGCGAGGGCUGCUUCCCAGCCCCGGCCCCCGAGCCUCCCAAAUGA